UGCUAAAUCAGCAACGUUACCGAGAGUUAAAAAGAGCACAAUGUGAACUGCUGUUGUGAGUCAGCAGCCUCUGGACAUGCACAGUAGCUUCGAAGCUGCAGUCUUUUGACUGAAUUUAGUGCAGAGUCAGUAGCUGUGUGACUAUAGCCGCGGUGAAGAGAUUGGAAAUACGGUUACAUUUCUGGAUAGCCUGGCAGCAAGAGGCCUGUGGAUUAUGCAUUUUAGCCUCUGAACGAGUGGAAAAUGUUAGGCCCACUGGAUGUGCUGUAUAGCAGCUUGAUGUGCAAGCUUGUUGCAGUAUAUGAAGAACAAGAGGCGCAGCGUGCAGAUGAAGUCGCCGAUGGCAAUGUGAGUGACAGACAUAGCCCGGACACAUUUGAGAGUGAGCUCGCAGCACAGCUUGCGGCUUUUCAGCCUAUUACAGGAGAAAUUGAAGUUACCCCCUCGGCACUGAAAGCCAGCACGCCACUUCUAGUACGGCGAAGCAGUGACCCAGCUCUUGUCCCACCUGCCCAGUUACAGCAAGGUGCAUCUCAGCCUGAUGAUCCCACUAACAGGAACCUGCAUGUGAAGCCAAUCAUAACAGUGGCAAACUGGGCACCCACAGAAGAUGUAAGAACAGAGCCUCCAGGACCACCAGACAAGCAUUCAAAAAGCACUCUAAGUGAUUUGACAAAGAAGGUAGAAUUUUCUGGAGACGGCGGCCCCCUGGGAAUCCAUGUGGUGCCCUUUAACUCUACGCUGAGUGGAAGAUUCCUUGGCCUGAGUAUUCGUGGUAUUGAAGAGAACAGCCGUUCAAGAAAGGAGAACCUGCUCCAGGAGAAUGAAUGUAUCAUCAGAAUCAAUGAAUGUGAUUUAACAGACAAGACCUUUGUUCAAGCACAAGAGGUUUUCCGAAACGCAUUGCAAUUUCCUGCUGUUGAACUCCAGAUAGUUCCAAGUUAUAACAAAGAACUCUAUGAAAAAUUUGCAAUUGGGUCUAUUCUGAGCCAAAUUCGUGACGAUGAUUCAAAAUCCAAGGUUCCUUCUUCAGUGCGUUCCAAGCCAGGUGGCAAACCUGCAGAUGCGGUUUAUCCCAAUAAUGCUGAGAGUAGCUCGCCACCGAUUUCAAAGAAGCUCAGUAGUCCAAAACAGUUAAGGAGCAAUAACCACUUAAUGCAUACCAGGAAAGCAUCUUCACCAACAUCACUUGGGGGACCUGGGAUCAAAAAGCAAGGAAAAAAGAUCAAAAUCGAUUUGAAAAAAGGGUCAGAAGGACUUGGCUUUACAGUGGUCACAAGAGAGUCAAGUGUACAUGGACCUGGUCCCAUUUUGGUCAAAAAUAUUCUUCCAAGAGGAGCAGCCGUUAAAGAUGGUAGACUGCAGUCUGGAGACAGGAUUUUAGAGGUGAAUGGCAUCGAUAUCAUGGGGAAGACGCAGGAGGAACUGGUUGGAAUGCUGCGUGGUACAAAACACGGAGAGACUGUUUCACUUGUGGUUGCACGUCAAGAAGAUGUCUUCGUACCCCGAGAACUGAAGGGGGAACAAAACUGUAACCUUCCAACAGAUGAGAGAAAGGAGCACCUGAUCUUUGAGAUCCCACUCAAUGACUCUGGUUCCGCUGGCCUGGGCAUCAGCCUUAAAGGAAACAAAUCAAAAGAGACUGGAGCUGACCUUGGAAUAUUCAUUAAGGCUAUCCUUCAUGGAGGGGCAGCUUUCAAGGAUGGGCGCCUGCGUGUCAAUGAUCAGCUGAUUGCAGUGAACAGUGAGCAACUGCUGGAUAAAUCCAACCACGAAGCUUUGGAAACAUUACGACGAUCCAUGUCCAUGGAGGGGAAUAUCCGAGGAAUGAUCAAGGUGAUGGUGGCCAGGAGGAUAGAGCAUCCCCAAGAGGAUCGUCCGGAGAUUGGUGCUAUUCAGGCCCACAAUGCUCGGAGCAGUAACAGUCCAAGACAAAUACAUACUCAGCCACCUGAUCCUCGAGAGGGGGAUACAUUAGCUUAUGAUGAGGGAGAAGUUGAAGUUCCACCUCCUAUUCCACCACAUUCAGAUGAAGAGGAAGCCAUGGGUGUGCACAAGAUGCGGUUGGUACAUGAAGAUAAGAGCUCAGAGCUCAAUUCCACUUCCCGACUGCAGCAGCAGAGACCUCUGGAUGGGGUUUUGGAAAGUCAGCCUGGUCUCACUACCAAGAGGCAGUCUCCCGGAAAAAUGAGUGGCUCCAAGAGCAUGGAUUUGGUGGCAGACGAAAGUAAUGUUGGAUCCCUGGCUGUGCACCAGUAUGACUCCACAGGGAAGGAUGUGGGCCCUAUGCUAGGUUUGAAGAAGUCUAGCUCGCUCGAGAGUUUGCAGACAGCUGUUGCAGAGGUCAGGAAGAAUGAACUCCCUUUCCACAGACCCCGACCUCACAUGGUUCGUGGCCGAGGCUGCAACGAGAGCUUCAGGGCUGCAAUUGACAAGUCUUAUGAUGGACCAGAAAUUCCUGAUGAUGCAGAUUCGGAAGACAGCUCCCAGUCAGGCCAUGAAACCCCAGGUAGUGAAUCUGCAUUCCAGGGGACUGCUGAGCUUGAAGAUGCGGAGAGCUCCGACAAUAAGAUGAAGAAGGGGAAAAAAAAGAAAGACAAGAAAAAAAAGGUGAAAACAAAAACAAAGGAAAAGGAUAAAAAGAAGGAAAAUGAGAGUCAAGAAAAGAAAGUCAAGAAGAAGGGAUUUGGAGCCAUGCUUAGAUUUGGUAAGAAGAAGGAAGACAAAGGGAAAGAGCAAAAGAUGAAGCAAAAAAAUGAUGCCCUGAAUGAAGAAGAACUGGAGAGAAUGAAAGAAGAACGUGACAGGAUUGAAGCCAAGCAUCAAGAGCUCAGAGAGAAGCUGGCACGGGAACGCUAUGAUCAGCUCCCUCCCACCGGCCUUUCGGUGCCUGACAUUGAAGACGAUGACAUGGACCCAAACUAUGCUCGGGUGAACCACUUCCGGGAACCAGCAGUGUCCCACAGCGGAUUCAAGCCCCCUUCCCCACAGCUGCAGCCAAUAAACCCACCUCGGGCUUUGAAUGUAGAGCAAGAGAACCUGGACGGACUGUAUGCCAAGAUCAACAAGCAGCGACCUCCUGCUCCUGACAGUUCAAGACCGAACAACAUGGAAAGAAUCCACCAGCUGAGGAAGGAGUAUCACCAGGCCAGGAGGGAGGGUGUCACCCCAUCAUACGAUGAGCACGAAGGCAGGUGGUGGCCUGGAGACUACGAGCCACCUUGGGUUCAAGUUCCGGUGAAAGGACCAAAUGGCCGACCAGGAUUUGAAGAGCUGGAUCACCAGUACUCCUCCACAUUACCAAGGCAUAUUCCUGGAGAACCAGAGGAAUAUCAGCUCCGAGGUUCCUACGGUGAUAGAGAACCUCCCAGAUACUUGAGUGCACAACGCCACGCCAUAGGAUACCCACAUCGAGGGAACUAUCCACGGAGUGCUGCUGAUGCCCGCUUGGAUCCCAGGAUCCCAGAUUACCCGAGCAGUGCCAGGCUGCGGGAGGCUAUGUACAACCCGCCUGCUCAGUACAAGGGACCCCACAGGCAUGAUGUGCCUCCAUCUCCAACACAGACUUUUAAGCUGAUUCGCUACCAUGACCAAGGCAAGGUGGAGUACCGAGAGAGCAGCCCAGACCGAUAUAGGUACCCCUAUCAAGAUAGUCGACAUCAAGACCCCAGACAAAAGAAUGGUAUGACAGCAGCUGUCUAGCCAGGGACUGAUGAAGUGAUGCCCAGGCAUUGCUUUAUCGCACAAAGGCAACACUUCAACAGACAUUGACCUCGACCGACCACUCUCUCAACAGCCAGAUAAUGAUCACUUUGCCUCCCUUUUAUGAAUAGAUACGUGUCCCUGAAUCAAGAAUGAAAAUAAAUAAUUAGAAUGCCAUCCAAUCUGAGUAGGAUCUCUGAUAAUGCUACACAGAGAAACUGAUCAAAAUCAAUCCUACAAUGCGGAUACUUCUGCCAGAGUAGGAACCUGAUAAUGUAAUUGUUGACAUGUCUUUUUGAAAAACGUCAUCUCACAAUCAAGUUGCCAAGGCUGCAAUGGAACUGAGCCCCUGCAUAAAAUUAAAAGCAGCAUGCCUUAUAACUGCAUUAGUGGAAUGCUAUUGGGCAGGAAAUUAAUCACAACCUUCAGAUGAGUUUAUAAAGAGACAUUACCUGAACUAUUGAUCCAAAUGUAAUCAUUGCAUCCAUUCCUAGGUAUUCUCCUAGCAUUCAUUUAUUAUAUAUUAAGCAGGUCUGCCAUUCACAAAUAGGGAAACCUUCAACUGUGCUGUGAAGAAUUAUAUUACUGGUAUGAGUGCCAAGUCAAGACUCGAAUGGCCUGCAAAGUUCCGGUCAAGAGGAUCUUUGCCAAGCCAUUGUGCAGACUUCAGAAGAUUGAAACUUUGCUUGUUUUCUACUACUUAUUAAGGUGUUAACCAACAAAAACCAUUACGAAUGCAACAGAUGUUGACCAAUUUCUGUGAAUGAUAAUUACUGAAUGUUUAUUGUUAUCCUCCUGUAUUAUAAUCUCUCAAGAAAGCAGUCUCUGUAAUUAUCAAGAGUUGAAAGUCUUCUGAUAUCUCUUUUAGAUGACAUCACUCCACAUCUUAUUCAUCCCAGCUAUCCAAUUUAUUACCUCUCCACAAACCAGCAAUAAUCUCCCUUUUAAUAUGUCAAACACUUCUUUUAAUAUCUGAUAGUUAGCAAGAUGUAAUUUGUGAUUUCAGGCUGAAUGCUAGUUUCAAAGCCUGUUCUCCAUUCGCUGAGAGAUGCCUUUUAGUGUGUUUCAGGGAAUUAUCAGCCUCCUGAUACCAUAUAAUGAUGUCAUACCGCUGGAUUAAAAUAUAUAGGAUGACCAUAAAUGUCAGUUUUAGAGGGCUUUGGUAAUUACAUUUAAUUAAAAAUGGUUUCUCCAACUGUAAUUAAAUAAAAAAUUGUAUUUCUUUAGGGUUCAAAUACGUUUUGUGAUGGAGAAAUACAUAGAGAUUAAGAAUUAAACUCCUAGGUCUCUAUGUAACUCUAGGUAGUGUCAAACAGUUCAACAAAAGGACUCGAACCAUACGCUCUCAUCUUGUGAAUUGUACGCAUUGUGAGUUAGUCAUAGGCCCACAUCUAGUCACUGUUUUGUGCUGAGUGACAAAUUUUGGCCAGGGUGGUAGGAGUUUGUCUCUGAAUGUGAAAAGGGGGAACUAAACUAGCCAUCUUGCUGCUCUUAAGUUGCUCUCACCUCUCACUCACUCAUCUCCGGGAUCAUAUUGGGGGCAGAGGGAACAGAUUUGAUCGAUGUUCACCCUAGAUACACGUGCCACCACCUCCCCAGUUCCAAAAUACUUCUGUCGCUCACUGCCUAGCUGUUGAAGUAAGGUCGUGGGUGCCUCUAGAAAUUUACCAAGAGGAAGCGGUAGCAAGAAAAUUGACACCAACAGGCUAGAAAAGAAAUGCUAUCUUAUCCACUUUUUCUCCCCACCCUCCCCUUCAAAUUGCAGUCACUGAUUAUUAUGCUCUAAAUGACAGAAACAUCCACUUGAAAAUCUAUUCCCUCUGAGAUAUUGCACAGGUUUUCAUGACAAUUUGAUUGGCCUUUGAAUGAUGCAGCAAUAGAACAAUUUACGUUUGUGAGAAGCUUUCAGUGUGUGAUUGGUUGUCUUUUUAUGAUGACCCAUUCAGUCCUGAUUAACUAAUCCAUUACAUGUGGUUUCAGUGUUCCACCAUGAAAUCAUUAUAAUGAGAGAGCUAUAGAAAAAGAGAGAUGGCUGUAAUUGAGUUGUGGUCACCUUGAGUGGAACUUGCAAUAGUACAAAAGCUUAUAACAUCAUGGAAACAGGAGGAGACCAAUUACUCCAAGUUUUUUAUUCCACCAUAUCUGUAUCUUUGACUAAAUACCUCACUUAAUUUGUGGGUAGAAUUAAGGAGUCACUGUAAACAAAAUAUACUUAAUCCGAAGGAACAUAGAGUCAUACAGCACGGAAACAGGCCCUUCAGCCCACUGAGUGAUGCUGGCCAUUAAGCACCAUUUACACUAAACCUAUACUAAAUCGAUUUUAUUCUUCCCACAUUCCCAUCACCUCCCAUCCCAAGAUUCUACAACUCAUUUUGGGUAGUCCACAGAGGUUAAUUAAACUAGCAAACCUCAUUGUCUUUGGGACGUGGGAGGAAACUGAAGCAUUCGGAGGAAACCUGUGCAGUUAGAGCAAGAACGUACGAACUUCACACAGACAACACCACAGAGGUCAGGACUGAACCUGCGUCACCAGAGCUGUGAAGCAGUGGCUCCACUGACUCUUCCACUGUGCAGCCCCAAAGGACUGAUUCAAAGACCAGCUAACUUACUUAAAUUUCAGCCUGUUCGUUAAAGAGCAAAAACCACUUCAGCUUUUUAAAUUUACAUUUGAACCCGGUCACCUCAGUGGCAGUAGUUUAGAUUUCUGCUAAUUUUUUUUGUGCUAACCAAAUGACUAUGCUCUAUUUUUAUGCUCUUAUCCUUCUUCUAGAUGAGCUGCCAACCACUCCUGACAAGCCCCAUUCUCCCAAAGUGACUGCUUUUAAGAAGCCAGUAGCCCAGCUUUGCCCCUUCUCCUGUCAAUAGAAAUGGUUUUUCCAGACAUCCCACCUCUCCCGGCUCUUCCGGGAGUCUCCUGCAUAUGAAUAGUGGCUCCCUGAUACCCGCAAAUUAUAUGUGAUAUCACGGAAAUCAAUUUUUUUGAGAGCAAGAGAGAGAGAGAGUGAGAGCAAGCAAGCGAGAGAGAAAGCAAAAGAGAAAGCGCGAGAGCGACCACGAAAGAAAGCAAGAGCGCGCGAGAGAGAGAGCGCAAGAGCAAGCAAGUGAGAGAGAAAGCAAAAGAGAAAGUACGAGAGCGACCACGAGAGAGAGAGAGCAAGCAAGAGCGCGAGAGCAAGCAAGCGAGAGAGAAAGCACGAGAGUGACCACAAGAGAGAGAGAAAGAGCGAGCGAGAGCGCGCCAUGGGAGAGUGUUCCAAAAAAAGAAAAUAUAAAACGUACGUCACCCCAGACUACACUAAAGUGUACCCCUGCCUAAUAGGGGUCAAAAAUAAUGACAGUGUUGCUCACUGCACUGUUUGCAACAGUGACUUUUCUAUUGCCCAUGGUGGGUUAAGACUGUAAAAGACAUGUUGAGGUGAGUUUAACAGGUGUCAUUCGUUCAUUAGCAUAGUUAACGUUAUUUAAACUAUCUGGCUAGCUGCUAAGGAGCUACUCUAUUGCAGACGUCCCACCUCUCCCGGAAGUCUCCCGCAAAUUGAUGGUGUUACCUCCCUGAAAUGAGUUUUUGCAGCGUGGGAUGUCUGUUUUGCUGGGCUUAGUAGCUAAGCCACAUGUGAAGGCCAGGAGCUGGUUGUCAGAGGCCAUUUGAGAUGCACACCAUUGAGAGAUUUAAUAGGCAGAUGGAGCUCAACUCCACUUCCCUCCUCAAUGGCGAUGACAACCUUAAGGAACCGCAAUCCUUUCAUUCCCAAUAUAUUCAUAUGUCUAACUAAAAUCCUCUUAAGAAUCAUGAUCGGUUCUGCUUCUACCAGUACCCCUGGCAGCCCAUUCCAGGCAGCUACCUCUCUCUAUGUUAACUAAAAUACUUCCCUUCACACCUCUUUUUAAAUCUUUUCCGUCUCACUUUCAAUGCAUGUCCUCUGGCAUUUGACAUUAUUACCAUGGGGAAAAAUACCAAGGUUCACUUCCUGGAUAAAAGCUGAGCCCUUUGUUGUGUCUCACUACUUUUUUUCCCUGCGUACCCGCCUUGCAUCUGUAGCUUAAGAAAUUUUAGCUUUAGCUCAGUAAAUCUUCCUUCUUGUCCAUGGUGAUGAUACAGUGAAGGAUGCCCAACUGCAGCACUUUGCUAAGCUCAGAAUAUCCUCAGGUGGAUAUUUGAAAGCUCGGCUCUCAAGGGAGUUGAAAUACUACAAUUGUGGUAGAGAAUAAUGGAGAUUCAGGAGCAAGCAGCAGGCUGCAAUCGUCCUUAUUAAGAGUUGAAAUAUCUCCUGCACAGAAGAAUUGACUAGCUCUGUGUGAUUGCUAAUCUAAUGAAAAUGUGAAGAAGUUUUUGACAAAGGGUUCUACCCGGACAUCGGCUUGACUUUUCUAACUAUAUCUGAAGAAUCCUUUGCUGUUUUCUGUUCAUAAGGCAUAGAAACCAACUGAAAUGUGGAUAUUUUAUUAAAGAAUAAUGGAUAACACAAAUUAAUUACAAAUAUAAUAAUUCUAACUGAGAUGUAAAACACAGAAUCUUGGCUACCGUUCAGAAGAACUGCUGUUGAUCACUUGUUGAUCAUUCCAGUGGGGUGUCGGAACACCACUGCACCAUGAGGUGACGCAGACUGGCCGGAUACUGAAAUUCUGCACAAGUCCUCGCGGGCGGCAAUUAAAAUGUUAACAAACAACCUUGAGCGUCAUUUCAUCAACAAAGCCAAAAAUGUAAUGGGAUUAUGGAUUUGGGGAACUCUUCUCCCAUCUCACUGAGUGGUUUUGUUUUCUCUUUUUAUAAACAUUUAUUAUUAAUUACA